CCUCCUUCCCUCCUUCCCAAAUCCUCAAUCUUCUGACCUUCUGACCUUCUUGUACGACGAGAGCUGGAAAGAAAUAAAAGUAAGCACAGAAGAAACAUACCAAACCAAAUUAACCCUCACCCUAUGCCCCAUUCCUCCUCCACCACCACAACAACAACAACAACAACAACAACAGAAACCAAAAUGGCCCCCCAAGUAAACGGCGAAGCCCCCUCCUCCGCCUUCCUCCACCACCUAACCUCCCUAACCCACACCUCUUACUCGAAAAUCUCCGCCCCUCUCGCCCCCUACCUCCACACACCAUACAGCUACCUCUCGCCGUACCUCUCGAAAGCCGAUUCGCUCGGCGACUCCACCUUAUCCUCUCUCGACUCCAAAUUCCCCUUGGUCAAGAAGCCCACGGGCGAACUAUACGACGAGGGCAAGGCGAUUGUGUUCUACCCGCUGAAGAAGGGGAAUGAGGGGAAGGAGGAUGGAUGGAUGGACUGAUAAUACGAUACCCCUCAAUACUUUCUGUCAGGAUUUGGGGAGGAUGAUUGAUAUGCGGGGAUGAAAGGGGUGGAAUGAAAAGGAUGUUUAUUUUUGCGUUUCUUCGUCUUUUUUUCUUCUUCUUCUUCUGGUACGAUGGUUGUUCUCUACUUUUGGGGCUGCACAGCGAUUCGC